AUGACAGAGAUUUCCGCCGAGUUUGAUGGCUGGUCCUCGUAUCCACGCAAUCUGGGCUUAUCGGCCGCAGUCGACGCCAAAGGCUACGAUCGGCGCCUCGUACAAGCGGAGAAGCGUCUCUUUGCAGACGAGGACUCUGACGACGACUCUGAUGGGGACGAAAAUGUGGCACAGAUGCUUGAACUGGGGCCUGUUUGCCAAGACAUCGGGUACAAUGUCAAAUACGUGGCCGCCCAUGGUCGCUCCUUUCCAAAGGACCCAUAUUCUGUGCGCGAAACUGGAGUAUACCAUGGUUUCGACGCUGCGGCACAACAGACACAGUGGGUCUUCAUACAAGCAUCGCAAGAGCUACAGGAGCGCAUGAGAGGAUAUUUCACGCGCCCAGAGGAAUCGCACGCAGAAGCUCAAAUCGGGAUACACGGGAUAAUAUUCCAAACUGCCAGUCAAGCAUGGCGGGAAUACCUCGUCUAUCUAGAAGGGACCUUCGCGAAAAUGGCAAGUAUUGAUUCCAGCUUUAGCCUUCAAGACCGGUAUGACUGA